AAUUUGAAUUUUAAUUGGUCAUAUAAUGUGAGUGAACAGUGAAAUUUCAAAUGAAUCUGAUAGUAAUGUCUACUGAAACAAGAGAGAAGCCUUAGAGCAGAAGUAAAUGGAACAAUUUCAGCUUGGUGGCAUUGUGCAGUCCAGGGGCGGACUGACCAUUUGGAAACUCGGACACUGCGCAAGGGCCCGGGAUGCCCCUGGUACCUUUUUCAUAGGCUUUUUUGAGUUUGGGCAAGGACACAGGGGCCCCAUGAUCCCCUAUUGCCGGGGG